UUCUUUUAACAUUGUAUAUGUGGAGCAGGUCCUCAAGGAAUCCAUUCUGAAGCACUUAGAGGAGAGGAAAGUGAUCAGGAACAGUCAGCAUGGAUUCACCAAGGGCAAGUCAUGCCUCACUAAUCUAAUUGCCUUCUAUGACGAGAUAACUGGUUCUGUGGAUGACGGGAAAGCAGUGGACAUGUUAUUCCUUGACUUUAGCAAAGCUUUUGACACUGUCUCCCACAGUAUUCUUGCCAGAAAGUUAAAGUAGUAUGGGCUGGAUGAAUGGACUAUAAGGUGGCUAGAAAGCUGGCUAGAUUGUCGGGCUCAACGGGUAGUGAUCAAUGGCUCCAUGUCUAGUUGGCAGCCAGUAUCAAGCGGAGUGCCCCAAGGGUCGGUCCUGGGGCCGGUUUUGUUCAAUAUCUUCAUAAAUGAUCUGGAGGAUGGUGUGGAUUGCACCCUCAGCAAGUUUGCAGAUGACACUAAACUGGGAAGAGAGGUAGAUACGCCGGAGGGUAGGGAUAGGAUACAGAGGUACACAGACAAAUUAAAGGAUUAGGCCAAAAGAAAUCUGAUGAGUUUCAACAAGGACAAGUGCAGAGUCCUGCACUUAGGACGGAAGAAUCCCAUGCACCGCCACAGACUAGGGACUGAAUGGCUAGGCAGCAGUUCUGCAGAAAAGGACCGAGGGCUUACAGUGGAUGAGAAGCUGGAUAUGAGUCAACAGUGUGCCCUUGUUGCCAAGAAGGCCAAUGGCAUUUUGGGAUGUAUAAGUAGGGGCAUUGCCAGCAGAUCGAGGGACGUGAUUGUUCCCCUCUAUUCGACAUUGGUGAGGCCUCAUCUGGAAUACUGUGUCCAGUUUUGGGCCCCACACUACAAGAAAGAUGUGAAAAAAUUGGAAAACGUCCAGCAGAGGGCAACAAAAAUGAUUAGGGGACUGGAACACAUGACUUAUGAGGAGAGGCUGAGGGAAUUGGGAUUAUUUUGUCUGCGGAAGAGAAGAAUGAGGGGGGAUUUGAUAGCUGCUUUCAACUACCUGAAAGGGGGUUCCAAAGAGGAUGGCUCUAGACUGUUCUCAGUGGUAGCAGAUGACAGAACAAGGAGUAAUGGUCUCAAGUUGCAGUGGGGGAGGUUUAGGUUGGAUACUAGGAAAAACUUUUUCACGAGGAGGGUGGUGAAGCAGUGGAAUGGGUUUCCUAGGGAGGUGGUGGAAUCUCCUUCCUAGAUGUUUUUAAGGUCAGGCUUAACAAAGCCCAGCCUGGGAUGAUUUAGUUGGAGAUUGGUCCUGCUUUGAGCAGGGGGUUGGACUAAAUGGCCUCCAGAGGUCCCUUCCAACCCUACUAUUCAAUGAAAGAAGGCCUGGUAUUACCUGUUUCUAGCUACUGGUACGUACCCUGUCCUCCCUUGGCUAAUAGAGGGAGAGACCUCAGGUUUCAGGGCAGGGUCUCUUCCUUCUCGGAUUUACCCCAACAGAGGUAUCCAGUAUUGCCGAUGCCCACUGGUGCGGCUACCACCUCUCUGUCCAGCUGGGGGCCCAUCAACCAGCGUAACAACGGGGACAGAUUGCCAUCAUUACGCUCCAGGGUUAACCACACAGGGCCGCGAACGGGAAUAUGUCACACUGGGCUCCCUGUACCCUCUGCUGCCCUCAGUAAAGAUGGCGCCGAGUGUUACACACCCGCCCGCCGGGCCUGAGGCUGAGCCCUGCUGCCCUCAGUAAAGAUGGCGCCGAGUGUUACACACCCGCCCGCCGGGCCUGAGGCUGAGUCCUGCUGCCCUCAGUAAAGAUGGCGCCGCAGGCAGUCCUGUCCCCGGAGCUGGGCCCGCUGUCGGUAGCUAGGGCAUGGGGCGAGGGAGCGUAGCCCCGCGGAGGCAGUGCCUAUGCUCGGCCGGGGACCGGCCUCGGUCUUUCUUCGCUCCGCCUGGAGGGCCCGGCCCAGAUCCCAGCUGCCCGGAACCGGCUUCCUCCGCCCGUCGCCGUCUCCAUGGUGAUAAACUUCCCCAACCAACCACGAACUACUUCCGCUUACGUCUGUCCCGACACGUGGAUCCAAGAUGGCGGCAUCGGGGGCCACGGAAAGGCCGAUGUGUUUGCUGAUGCUGCUUGCACUCUUUCAUGAGACAAGCUCCUUCUAUGUACCAGGUGUAGCACCAAUCAACUUCCACCAGAAGGAUCCCGUAGAAAUCAAGGCUGUGAAGCUCACCAGUUCACGAACCCAGCUGCCAUAUGAGUACUAUUCAUUGCCUUUCUGCCAACCCAACAAGAUAACGUACAAGGCUGAGAAUCUGGGUGAGGUUCUGCGGGGGGACCGGAUAGUAAACACGCCAUUCCAGGUCUUCAUGAACAUAGAGAAGAAAUGUGAGGUUCUGUGCAACUUUCCCAACAAGCCAGUCACCCUGACAGUGGAACAGAGCAAGCUGAUUGCAGAGCGUAUCCGGGAGGAUUACUAUAUCCAUCUUAUUGCUGAUAACUUGCCUGUGGCCACACGGCUGGAGUUCUAUUCGAAUCGUGAGGAGGAGGAGAAGAAGGAAAAAGACGUGCAGUUUGAGCAUGGAUACAGGCUUGGUUUCAUGGACAGUAAUAAGUUCUACCUGCACAACCACCUCUCCUUCAUCCUUUACUACCACAGAGAGGAGGUGGAGGAGAAUCAGGAGCCCACCUACAGGGUUGUGCGGUUUGAAGUGAUUCCCCAGAGCAUUAAACUUGAAGAUCUGAAGGCAGAUGAGAAGGGCACUUGUAUACUGCCUGAAGCUGCAGGCUCAGCCCCUCAGGAGAUAGAUCCCACUAAGAAGAACCAGCUGCUCUUCACCUAUUCUGUCCACUGGGAGGAGAGUGACAUUAAAUGGGCUUCUCGCUGGGACACCUACCUGACCAUGAGUGAUGUGCAGAUCCACUGGUUUUCCAUCAUUAAUUCAGUCGUGGUUGUCUUUUUCCUUUCAGGUAUUCUCAGCAUGAUCAUUAUCCGCACUCUCAGGAAGGACAUUGCCAACUACAACAAGGAAGAUGACAUUGAAGAUACAAUGGAGGAAUCUGGUUGGAAACUUGUGCAUGGAGAUGUCUUCAGGCCUCCACAAUAUCCCAUGAUUCUCAGCUCGCUACUGGGCUCUGGAAUUCAACUCUUUUGCAUGAUCCUGAUAGUUAUCUUUGUUGCCAUGCUGGGGAUGCUGUCACCUUCUAGCCGGGGCGCCCUGAUGACUACAGCCUGCUUUCUCUUCAUGUUCAUGGGGGUUUUUGGUGGGUUCUCCGCUGGCCGUCUUUAUCGGACGCUGAAAGGCCACAGAUGGAAGAAAGGGGCCUUCUGUACGGCAACCCUGUACCCUGGUGUAGUCUUCGGUAUCUGCUUUGUCCUGAACUGUUUCAUAUGGGGGAAGCACUCCUCUGGAGCGGUUCCUUUCCCCACCAUGCUGGCCCUGCUCUGCAUGUGGUUCGGUAUCUCCUUGCCCUUGGUCUACCUGGGAUACUAUUUUGGAUUUCGCAAACAGCCAUAUGAUAAUCCUGUGCGGACCAAUCAGAUUCCAAGGCAGAUCCCGGAGCAGAGGUGGUACAUGAACAGAUUCGUUGGGAUUCUUAUGGCUGGCAUUCUCCCUUUUGGAGCCAUGUUCAUUGAACUGUUCUUCAUCUUCAGUGCGAUCUGGGAGAACCAGUUCUAUUACCUCUUUGGCUUUCUCUUCCUGGUUUUUAUAAUCCUGGUGGUAUCCUGCUCCCAAAUCAGCAUUGUCAUGGUAUAUUUCCAGCUCUGUGCUGAGGAUUAUCGCUGGUGGUGGAGGACCUUCUUGGUGUCUGGAGGAUCUGCCUUCUAUGUACUGAUUUAUGCCAUCUUUUACUUCGUGAAUAAGCUGGAUAUCGUUGAGUUCAUUCCCUCCUUACUCUAUUUUGGCUACACUGCUCUCAUGGUCCUGUCUUUCUGGCUCCUCACUGGCACCAUUGGCUUCUACGCAGCCUACAUGUUUGUCCGUAAGAUCUAUGCUGCGGUGAAAAUAGACUGAAGAUGCACAGACUCAGCACAAAGCAGACACCUCUGUGUGCAUUUCCUCCUGGAAAGGAAGAGGGGGAUCCUUUCCCAGUUCUUUUAAGCAAACAAAACCCAAUGGGGGAGUGACAAGAGAAAUAAAUAACUCCUACUCAUUUUGGAAUGUAACUUUUGGCACAGCGUACAUGGAUUCUGGGGCUACUUCUGGGGGGAGGGGUGUGUAGAUACCUUGCAUUUUAACUUUAUUAUUUUAUUCCAGUUUUGAGGGAUUUUUAGCAGAAAAAUACCCCUCUAUGUAAGUAAGCCCCUUUUUUGCUCAUUCAUUCUUUUGUUUGUUGAAUAACGAAUGGAUUUGAGACAGCAAUGGAAACAUUUGUGAAACUUUUUUUUUCAGCCCUUAUGGCACUUGGGUUCAGGGAGAGUCUUCAGACCAAUAACACACAGGGUUUGUCUCCUGCUUUGGUUCUGCUUGGAAGAGGUGGAGGGUGCUUCAGUCCAUGGUGAGCUAGGAGGAUCUCAAAGGCUUCCCCUGCAUGAUUGCGUCUGGCAUGCUUUGACUACAGUGAUUUCAGUUCCAACUGGUUUACAGUUCCAUGGAGGUGCCAUUCAGAAUCCGGCAAGUGCAAUUUCACUCUGAGAGGGCUUGAGAACCGUAACCCUCUGCAUCAUUUCUCCCUCCCCCUACUUUUGGACAGCGUAUAACAUCCCAGAUGCAUAAACUGGAGGGGCUCAGAGGAGGGCAGGAGUGCUUCUCUUCUGGAAUAGCUGAGUCACCUUUCCUGGCAGCAUGAAGAAGCAGAACAUGGGAGUUAUACCAGAGCAGCGUAAAUACUUGUUGAUUCUAGAGCACAAGGCCCCGUACCCUGGAGAACAUUUAUGAGAUUGCCACAUGGUUUUGUUCCAUUAAUUUCUUUGGCCAUCUAAGGAAAUGGGACAGCCCUACUAAUUAGGAGAGGCCUCUGAGGUUAGAUAAAGCCCUAUGUAGCGAAACUCAUUACUGUGUUGCUUUAGUGCCAAGAAAUCUCUGCUUCAUUUUGGGGACAUGUCUACUACAAAGUGCAUAAUGGCCAGGGGGAGAUGGAGUGAGUGGUUCCUGAGGAUUUCCUCCCACUUCUGUUUCUUAAAGGGGAGGUAUACAUCCCACUUAUUCUGUCUCUUGGCUGGUCCUGCUCUCCAUUCCUGUCUCCUGUUCUCAGACACUGCCUCCUGGGAGCAGGGAAGAUUCACACCUCAGUAACCUGUAUUCCGCUCUUCGCUACCAAAUGUGAUGAGCCCUCAGGAAUAGCCCAGGAGUGCUACCUUAUAGGGGAUUCCUCCUUUCCCAUAUCUGGAUGCCUGGCUCUGGCCAUGGGAGGCGCUUUUAAAAAUACAUUUGAAUUUUUAUUUGACUCAUUUAAAACAAAACUAUGGCCGCUGGCAAAUCUAGGCCCAAAUUGUAGUGAAGCCUUUCUCCAUCCCCAGAUCUAUGGGGUGACUUUAGUCAGAGCUAUAAGAAUUCUUUUUAUUUCUUCAACAGGACAGGGGAAAAAAAUCUCCAAAUAUUCUGCUCUGUCACAGGCGACAGUGAUACGAUUUAGACAGAACAGACGUGACUCCAAACAAAACCUCUCUCUGUGCUAACAGAGAGUCACACAUAUUGGAGGCUUUCUGUACCGUGGGUAUCACCUUAACAGUCUGCACUGGGGCUGUGUAAAUGGUUCUGACUUUUAAUGGUGACCUUUUGCUCCCCAAGCAGGAAGAAUGGAGAACUAGAAUCCCAAACCAUUCAACUUCUUCUCUGCAUUGCUUCUCACCUAAUAAUCUUCAGUUACCCAGCCCGGAAUCAAGGAUGAAAAGGGGGCGGGGGGUAUGGGAUACACUAGUUGUGUGGGAUCCUUAGUAAUCUCUAAUUUGAAAUAUCUUUCUCUCUCAGAUUCUGGUUGAUUUCCUAGUGGAGAGUUUCAGCCCGCAUUAAUUUCUCUCCCCUCCCUCCCUCCUGUUUUUUUCUGUAUUCUACUUUGUAUUUUUAAUUAAUGUAUGUAUUCUGUGUCCUAUUGUAAAUAAAUAUUCCAUCGUCCUGUU